GACGGCCGCCUCCCACCUUAUUAUAUAACCCCGCCUCCCCGCGUUCCACCUGGCCUCUAGCUCCACAGCUCUUCAUCCGCUCGCUCCGGCCGUUACCCAAGCACACGCCUCAGCUCAGCCUCCGCGCCCUGCCCCCUCCCAUCCUAGGAAGGCGGAGCCGGUCGGUGGCGCCGCAAUGGUGGACGUGGACCGGCGGAUGGCCGGCCUGACACCGGCGGCGCACGCGGCGGGGCUGCGGCGCCUGUCCACGCGCGCCGCGGCGGGGCCCUCGUCGGCGUCGGCGUCGCCGCGGCACGGCCUGCACUCCUUCGCCCCGCUCGCGGCCGCGGUGCUGGCCCACCUCCGGGCCUCCGGGAUGGCCGUGCUCCCGGGGCUCACGGAGCCGGAGCUGGCGCGCGCCGAGGCCGAGAUGGGAUUCGCGUUCCCGCCCGACCUCCGCGCGGUGCUCGUCGCGGGGCUCCCCUCGGGGCCCGGGUUCCCGGACUGGCGCUCCCGCGCGGGGCUCCGGUCAGCGUUCGACCUGCCCAUCGCCGCGGCGUCGCUGCAGAUCGCGCGCGGCGCGCUGUGGCCGCGCUGCUGGGGCCCGCGCCCCGCCGACCCGGACCGCGCGCGGGGGCUCGCGCGCUCCGCCAUCCGCCGCGCGCCGCUGCUCGUGCCGCUCUUCGACCGCUGCUUCCUGCCCUGCCGCCCCUGCCUGGCGGGCAACCCGGUGUUCUUCGUCACCGACGACCGCGUCCUCUGCUGCGGCCUCGACGUGCUCCACUUCUUCACCCGGGACUCGUGCUUCCAGCCGCUGGACCCGCGGGCGCCACCGCCGUCGUCGGUGGCGCAGCACGGCGAGGCCGCCGCCGCGACGCGCCGCAGCCUCGACGCGGCCUGCGGCGGCGCGGCCCCGCGCUGGAUCGAGUUCUGGAGCGACGCGGCGUCCGACCGCCGCCGCCGCGACUCGUCCUCCUCGGAGGCCUCCACCGCGUCGUCGCUGUCCUCUGGGUGCGCGUCGCCGCCGCCGACGAUGGCGGCCAGGCGGUCGAGGACCCCGCACUGGGUGGACGCCUACCUGGACCGGCUCGGCUCCGUGCUGCGGCAGGGUGGGUGGAGGGACACGGAGGUGACGGAGAUGGUCGAGGUGGCGGCCUACGGGGUGUUCGACGGCGAGGAGGCCGCGGUGCCCCCCGCGGCCGACCCCGACGCGGUGCUCGACGCGCUACUGCUCAAGGCCGACCGGUGCUCCGACUCGCUCCGGCGCGCCGGGUGGAGCUCCGAGGACGUGUCCGACGCGCUGGGGCUCGACCUCCGCCGCUGCAAGGAGCGGCCGCGCCCCGCCGUGCGGAUACCGCCGGAGAUCGCCGUCAAGGUCGAGCGGCUCGCGAAGUCGGUGGCGCGCUGCUGACUGCCCGGCCUCGCCGGCCGGAGAGGCACAGGCACUCCCCUCCGGCGCCCGGCAGCCAUUUCCUUUUCUCCAGGGGAAAAAGUUGCUCUUUUUUUAUUGACUUUUUCACUAUACAAGGAAAGAAUACUUGUACUUUAAUCGAGUGGUAAAAACUGUACGAAAAAGUUAACUUCAUGAUCAUGUCCACGCGAAGGUGUAAUUAAAUGCUUGGAAAGUGAGCACUGAGCAGUACUAACGGCUA